AUCUGAUCUGCCGAGAUUCGAUCCAAUGUUGCUGUCUUUGCCCUCCUCGUUGCAGUCGUACGUUGGACUUCACCGGGUGUACGGAGCUUUUCAGCUCUUCUCAGCUGUUCAUCAUGUUAGAUCCAAAGGUCUCAGGAACUUGCAUGUGAAAAUGCAUCAUUCUCGGAGGCACGCACUGCAUUGCAACGCUGUUCAGGCAGAUGUACGACAAGUUGCAGAUCGACCUGAUCUCACAGAGUACAUAGCCUCUGGAUCACUGUUGUCCCUCUGUGGCCUGGAUGAGGCCACUGUGCUCGGCAACAUCGAUGAAUGGCUCCGCCUUGGUGAUUUUAUCAGCAAUUACCUUGGAUUCCCAACAAGGGAAAAGCUGGACGCCAUCCAGAGAAUGCGAGUGUACCAGUACUACCUUCCGGUGUACUUCUGGUGCUGUCAACAAAUGGAGCAGCACAGACAGAAGGGCAUCCAGCAGCCACUUGUGAUCGGCAUGCAGGCGCCUCAGGGUUGUGGUAAGACCACCUUGGUGGAUAUCCUGGAGAGGCUCUUCACUCAUGUCGGUAUCAGAGCAGCCAGUGUGUCCAUAGAUGACUUCUACCUCACCUUUGCAGACCAGCAGCAGCUAGCCAAGGACAACGCCACGAACAGGCUGCUGCAAGUGAGAGGCAACGCUGGCACGCAUGAUCUGCAGCUGGGCACAGACAUACUGGCUGCCCUGAAGUCAGCCAGCAGCCAGGGCAGCCAGGUGUCAGUGCCCCGCUAUGACAAGUCUCAGAAUGGCGGUCGCGGCGACAGGGCAGACACCUCCACAUGGCCAUCUGUGCAGGGCCCACUGGACAUCAUCCUGUUUGAAGGCUGGAUGCUUGGGUUCCGGCCCAGCUCAGAUGUGCAAGAGAUUGAUGGUGAUCUGGUGAGCAUAAAUGAGAAGUUGAGGGAGUAUGAGGCUGCAUGGGAUGCUUGGGUGGAUGCCUGGCUGGUGGUCAAGGUGGGCGCGCCAGACUGGGUGUACAAGUGGCGGCUGCAAGCAGAGCACGCCAUGCUUGCUGCAGGCAAGCCAGGGAUGUCGGAUGAGCAGGUGGCUGAUUUUGUGGAUCGGUACAUGCCGGCAUAUAAGGCAUAUCUGCCAAGCAUGUACGCAGAAGGACCCACAACUGCAAAAACCGGGCAUCUGCUAAUGUUGGAGAUCGAUCAGAACAGGGGCCUGACAGCGGAGCAGCCUGCUUGCCCCUUGUGAGAGAGUGAGCACUGUGUGGUACUGUGUGGAGCACUGUAUUUGGACUUUGGUUCAAGCAUUACAAUUGUGUACACAAAGGCUGUGUUGGUGUGUCUGCACCAGUGAUGACCCAGUGGCAAUUACGUAAGUCGCUCUUGGAUCCAGUGCCCCUGAUAGCUAUGGUCUACACUUCUUGAGUAGACCAUCAGAAGUUGUGCCUCACCCUUUGUGGAAAGAGUGAAGAACAUAUAGUCUACUGAACAAAAGCAAUACUUGAGCCUCGCGCAUGCUGACUUAGAUGAUAUAUCAUCCCUGAAGUCUGAAGAGAAGUGUAAUUAGGCAUGCACAGAC